GCUCGCAAAACCUCAAACCUGCCCACUAGACACCGAGUUGGGUCUGCUGCCCCCUUCCCGCCCUCACUAUGUCCUCCUGCUCUGACUCACCGUCUCCUUCUAGCCCUUAGGCUGCUGUGAGUGACCAACCGGGCCUGCACCCAUCACCAGGACAGUUUCAUUGGCUGGAGCACAGACAAGACAGCCAGGAUGAACGCAGUGCCCGAGGCGCCGGAGCUUCCGGCCGUGUUCGACGGCAUGAAACUGGCGGCCGUGGCGGCCGUGCUCUACGUCAUCGUCCGCUGUCUGAACCUCAAGAGCCCCACGGCCCCUCCUGAGCUCUACUUCCAAGACUCAGGGCUCUCACGCUUCCUGCUCAAGUCCUGCCCGCUGCUGACCAAAGAAUAUAUACCUCCGCUGAUCUGGGGCAAGAGUGGUCACAUCCAGACGGCCCUGUAUGGGAAGAUGGGACGGGUCCGCUCCCCGCACCCCUAUGGGCACCGCAAGUUCAUCACCAUGUCAGACGGGGCCACCUCCACCUUUGACCUCUUCGAGCCCCUGGCAGAGCACUGUGUUGGAGAUGACAUCACCAUGGUCAUCUGCCCUGGCAUUGCCAACCACAGCGAGAAGCAAUACAUCCGCACCUUUGUGGACUAUGCCCAGAGAAACGGGUACCGCUGUGCCGUGCUCAAUCACCUUGGAGCACUGCCCAACAUUGAGCUGACCUCACCACGCAUGUUCACCUACGGCUGCACCUGGGAGUUCGGGGCCAUGGUCAGCUACAUCCGGAGGGCCUACCCGCAGACGCAGCUGGUGGUGGUGGGCUUCAGCCUGGGCGGCAACAUCGUUUGCAAGUACCUGGGCGAGACGCAAGCCAACCAGGAGAACGUGCUGUGCUGCGUGAGCGUGUGUCAGGGCUACAGCGCGCUGAGGGCCCAGGAGACCUUCAUGCAGUGGGACCAGUGCCGGCGUUUCUACAACUUCCUCAUGGCUGACAACAUGAAGAAGAUCAUCCUGUCCCAUAGGCAAGCCCUGUUCGGAGACCAUGUGAGGAAGCCCCAGAGCCUGGAGGACACAGACUUGAGCCGCCUUUACACAGCCACAUCCCUGAUGCAGAUCGACGAUAAUGUUAUGAGAAAGUUCCACGGUUACUCCUCCCUGAAGGAAUACUACGAGGAAGAAAGCUGCAUGAGGUACCUCCAUAGGAUCUUCGUGCCGCUCAUGCUGGUAAAUGCCGCUGACGACCCGCUGGUGCAUGAGAGUCUCCUGAGCAUCCCCAAGUCGCUGUCCGAGAAGCGGGAGAACGUCAUGUUUGUGCUGCCUCUGCACGGCGGCCACCUGGGCUUCUUCGAGGGCUCCGUGCUCUUCCCCGAGCCCCUGACCUGGAUGGACAAGCUGGUGGUGGAGUACGCAGACGCCAUCUGCCAGUGGGAGCGCAGCAAGUCCCAGUGCUCGGACACUGAGCUGGUGGAGGCCGACUUGGACUGAGGAAAGCCCCUACCCCCGCAGGCCCCGCAGACCUCUCUCUGGCUCUGACCUCACCAUUGGCAAGGGGUGCCGCCCCCCACCCUACACACAGACAUACCUGGUGCCCCAGCUGGGAGCGGAGAGCCCUCCUUAGGGGCCCCCAGCUAUUUUUGUGCAUAGAGACAGGUUUUUCCAUUGUGUUGUUAGCUUCCAAGACGGGCCACGGGGCCACUGGCCGCUUUUAAAUCAGCCACAUCUAGUUUCCCUAUUAAAAA